AUGGGUGGGUUGAAUCGAGUCUAUGAAUUUUUGAAUCCGGGUGCGAUUUCCACCGAUGCAGGGGAUAAGAGUAAUCGUUGCCAAGCACUAGUCGCUCGAAUGACUAGGAUGACUAAUUCAGAGAAAUGGCUUAUUGCCCCAUAUAAUAAUAGGAAGAUGUUUCACUGGAUGCUUGUAGUCAUCCAGCCAAGUACGCAGACGGUGGCGUACUUGGAUUCAGGCAACGACGACAUCCCGGAUGAUUUGAACUUUAUUAUAUCCACAUCGUUCACAAUGUAUAACCGAAUGGUACGACGACCUGAUCGACCUACCCAGUGGAUGACUCUAUUUGUCCUCGACAACUUAGAUGACAAACAGUGUGGAUACUACGUCAUGAAAUUCAUUGAAAGUUUCAUGGUCGUAGAAGAUCCAAUACAAUUGUUGACCCGACAAGAUAGGUUCUCCACUCCGUACACUAAUGAUGAGAUAAAUAUUAUGCGUGAUCGGUGGAUUCAUUAUGUGAAAGCGGAAGCGGAGCGACAACAGUUACCGUGUUAG